GUCAAAACCAUUUUCUCUCACACUGCAUAUCCCUUCUGCGAAACCAUGGAUGGAGGUGCUGCAGCCAUCGAAGUUCUUCUCCAAAACCUCAUCAACCUUCUCAACGACGAGUUCACUCUGCAUCAAGGUCUCAAAAGUGAUGCCCGAAAGCUGCAGUGCAAUUUGAAGAUGAUUCGAGCCUACUUGCGUGACGCUGAGAAGAAAUGCACAACUGAAACUGUUAAGAUCUGGUUGAGGGAGCUUGAAGCCGUGGCUUUCGAUGCUGACAACGUUUUGGAUGAACUGAGUUAUCAUCUUCUCCACAAAAAAGUCAACAAGAUGAAAUCAUCCAAGGAUAAGGUACCAUCCUGCUUCUCAUCCUUUAAUGGCAUUUCACGUCGGCGUAAUAUGGCUCUCACAAUCAAACAAAUCAAUGCGGAUUUUGACUCUCUGAACAAAAGAGCAUUCGAUCUUGGCCUUCAAAACAUGGUUGUGAACGCACCUGCUGCUGCAGCUGCUCAUACUUCCAUUGAGACGGAUUCGUCCAGUCUUGAUCCAAUCUUUAUUGGAAGAGAUGAUGAUGUGUCUAAACUAGUCGACAUGCUCACGGAGAUCCAGGAUGGUAAGGUCUUCUCCAUGGUUGCUCUUGUGGGAAUGGGAGGUAUAGGGAAGACUACGUUGACUAAAAGAGUCUUCAAUCAUGAAAGGGUAAAAGCUCGAUUCGGAGUCUCACGUAUUUGGGUUCAUGUUUCUCAAACUUUUGAUCUCACCAUUCUUUUCAAAAAAAUACUUUAUAAGUUGACUAAAAGGAGGAGUGAUGAAGUUGAGAGCAGACAUGAAAUCUUGGAAAAGAUUCAAGAAGCUCUCAAGACUAAAACUUAUCUUCUUGUUCUUGAUAAUAUUUGGAAUGAGAAUGUUCAAAAGUGGGAAUAUUUUAUGAACUUCAUGUCAAGAGUAACAUCAACUAAGGGAAAUGGCAUUAUCAUCACCACCAGGCGUGAAAAGGUUGCAUCAAUUGUUAAUCCAUUUUAUAAUUAUCAUUUGAAACUCUUAUCAGAUCAAGAUUGCUUUUCCAUAAUCAAAGCCAAAGUCGUUGUUCUUCCAUCAUAUUUCGAGUGGAUUGGAGAAAUGAUUGCUACAAGAUGUCAGGGUUUGCCCUUAGCUGCCACUGUAGUUGGGGGAGUGCUUCGCAGUAGUAAGUCCAUAAAAGAAUGGCGCUUCAUCAACGAAAAUUGGCUUUCGGAUGGUAAAGGAGGUGAGAAUAUUUCAAAAAUAUUGAAAUUGAGCUAUGAUCACCUGCCUUCACCGUUGCUGAAAAAGUGCUUUGCGUUUUGUUCGGUUUUUCCCAAAGGAUGGGAAAUCGAGAAGCAUGAGUUGAUUGAACUAUGGAUGGCAGAAGAGUUUCUUCACCCAAGCAGAGGAGAAGAUAUGGAGUCUGUGGGUGACAUGUAUUUUAAUGUGCUUCUACAAAACUCUCUGUUGCAAGUUCAAAUGAUAGACGAUUAUGGGAAUGUUUUGAAGUGUGUGGUGCAUGAUCUUGUGCAUGAUCUUGCAUCUUCUGUCUUAUCCAAUAAUGCAGAUGGCGGUACUCCAUAUCGAUACAUGUUUCUCAAAGAAGAAUCAAGUCCUAUUCCUAAAGAAGUGGCUAAGCAUUUGCGUACAUUAUUCUUGGAAGGUGAAACUUCUGGUACAACGUUCUCAAACUUCAACUGCUUGCGUACUCUUACACUUUCCAGUUCUAAUUAUGAAGAGUUGCCAAAUUCGGUUAGGAAGUUAAUACAUUUGAGAAAUCUGAAUAUUUCGAAAACAUGUAUUAAAAACUUACCCAAGUGGAUUGGUGAACUCCAUCACUUGCAAACAUUAAGAAUAGAAUUGGCGUUAGAGAAACUGCCAACUACAUUGAAGUACUUGAUUAAUUUAAGGCAUCUUCAUAUUGAUUCUAGUAUAGAGUUGCCUGCGGAGAUUGGGAGAUUAACUAAUCUCCAAACACUACCUCACUUCUCAGUGGGCAAAGAGAAGGGCUACCAAAUUGAAGAGCUCGGCAGGUUGAAGAAUCUCAAAGGAACACUAGAGAUUCGUAACCUGGAGAAGGUGCAUGAUAAUGAAGAGGCCCUGAAAGCAAAUAUAUUUGGGAAGCCAAACUUAUUUGAUUUGGUGUUUGAAUGGAAUGAUGGUAGAGAAGAUGAGACAAAUGAUGAGAGUGUAUUAGAAGGACUCCAACCUCAUGUUUAUCUGAAGAAGUUGAAGAUUUCAGGAUUCAAAGGAAAAAGAUUUCCAACAUGGGUUGAGAAGAUGGAAGUACGUUAUGGGCCUCAAGACUCUUGUGUACCACUUUACAGCUUGAUUAAAAUUACAUUCUGCAAGUGCUCAGAAAUUGAUGAAAUCCCAACGCUGGAGCACUUGCCUAAUCUCAAGUCUCUUUCUUUGAAAAAAUUGAAGAAGGUGAGGUUCAUAAAUACUUCAUUCAAUUAUUUAACGUCACUCGAAAUAGAAGAGUUACAUGCAUUGGAAUGUCUGCCACAAUGGUUAUUCCUUAACAAUAAGAAUCUCUCAUAUUUGAGGAUAUCAAAAUGUCAUGUGUUGAGAGAAUUACCUGAUGGUGUUGACACCCUCAAUUCUCUGGAGUAUUUGCAUAUUCAUGAUUGUGAAAAUCUAACGUCGAUUGGGAAUCCAAGUGGUGGAGCACGGCAAUCACAAUGGAUCCUUCAUGAGUUGAGUAUUAAAGGGUGCAUAGAGCUGACGGAAUUGCCAUGUCAAAUGCUAGAGUCGUGGGCGCCUACAAUUGAGGAUCUCAAAUUGGAAGGAUUAAGGAGCCUAAAGAAUCUGCCGUUGCUAAUUGACUGCCUCUCUAAAUCAGCUACUCCUCUCACACAAUUGACAAUCAAAGGUGUUCCUAAAUUGAUGGCUGCUAAUAGUGGUAGUGUUGAGAGUUGGCAUUUUAGCAGCUUGAAAUCAUUAGAGAUAGAUGUGAGUGUAGAAUGGUCAAGAGAGGAUAGUGUUGGCAUUGCAGAGACUGUGGAAGGGAUCCUGCAAAGAUGCCGCAACUCACUUACUAGCUUACAUUUGAAGGGGGUGGAAAAUUGGGAGUGGGUGCCCCAAUCAAUUCAUAAUCUCACUGUUCUUGAUAAGUUAAGGUUGGAGAAUACAGGAAUAGAAGAAUUGCGCCAAUCAAUUCAAAAUCUCACUCUUCUUGUUGAGUUAAAGUUGGAGAAUAUAGGAAUAGAAGAAUUGCCCCAAUGGUUGUUGGGGAACCUCUCAUCUCUAACACGGUUAUAUCUAUGGAAUUGCAACAAGUUGAAGUGUCUGCCCUCUAUGGAUGCAAUGAAGCACCUCACUAAAUUAAAAGGGUUAUAUAUUAGCAAUUGCCCGGAACUACGCAUUGAUUCGGAGUGGCGCAACCACCAUCAACAUGUGUAUAUCGAGGUCGAUGGCAAACACGUUCGGAUGUCGUAGAAACUCUAGAGCUUAAAAAGUCACAGUCUCGGAAUAACUCUAUAUUCACACGGGACAUGUGAAACGGCCUUAGGAAUCAAACACUGAAUUUCGCCGAAGGAGUGUUCAUGCAUGAUGAACAUUUUCAUAUUGUGUUGAGGUCGCGAAUUGAGGUGAAAACAGAGCGCGGACAAAGUUAGAGAGAAGAAUGGAGUCAAAAGAAGACAAUAUGGCUCACGUGGCUUUGGACCGUGUAUGUGGUGCGAAUUGGAGUCGAAACACCCAAUUUGGUUAAUUGGGAUGUCACAACGUUCCACACGGUCUAGUCAAUCGUAAUCCAGAGGGGUCAGAACAUUACACUUGACCGCGUGAAUUGUCGUUACAAGUCACACAGACAUUGCUCAUACCAUGUAGGGGUUGAAUUUUUUAUAAUACUUUGGUGAAUUAUUUAGUGUAUUUUAUGUUUUGAUUUUCAUACAUGGCUACUAUUUUUGAGGCACAUGUUUACGAGAAUUGCUUAUCUCUAAAGCUUACUAGUCGGACCAAAAUGUGGAAUGUGAAUGCAGAAUUAAACCCUAAGCUUUAAAUAAAUUAAACCUAAGGUUUAGUUGAAACAAA